GUCGCCGCCGCGGGCCGCCGUGCGCGGGGGCGGGGCGGGCGGUCCCGCGGGCCGCAGCGGCCGUGGGUGCCGCGCCGCGGGGCAGGGAGCCAUGGCCGGCGCCGGGCGCAAGAAGCACGUCCGGUUCGCCUCCCCGGGGGAGGCGGCGGCGGGAGCAGCGACGGCGGGGACGCGCCUCCCCGCCGCCUCAUACGCGGAGGUGGCCCCGGCCGGCGGCGGUGUCCGGCGGGGCGUGCGGGGCGCGGAGGGAGCGGCGCUGCGGUGGUGCAUCUCCGGGGCGCUGUGCGCGGCCUUCCUGGGGCUGGGAAUGAGCAUCGCGGUGCUGGGACCCACCUUCCAAAACCUGGCAGCCAACGUCCGCAAGAACGUCAGCGACAUCUAUUACAUCUUCGUGGGCCGGUCGCUGGGCUACCUGGGCGGGUCGGUGCUCGGGGGGGUGCUCUUCGACUGGAUGAACGCCCACCUCCUUCUGGCAUUAUCCAUGUUUGGAACAACGGUUGGUCUUUAUGGGAUACCCUGGUGUAAGAAAUCCCUGCUGUUAACUGUCUUGAUGUCAGUUAUUGGAGCGUCCAUGGGAAUUCUAGACACAGGUGGCAAUGUUCUGGCACUGAAUACCUGGGGAGCAGAGGCUGGGCCACACAUGCAGGCUUUACACUUCAGUUUUGCUGUCGGUGCGUUUGUGGCUCCGAUCCUGGCUAAAAUGGCCUUGGGCGGCUCCGAAUCUAAAGACCUUCCCCUAGCUGAAAAGGCAAACCAGUCUGUCCCGAGGCCUGUGCCAACAGCAUCAGCUGCAUCAGCUGCGUCAGCACUGAAACACCAUCUUGGUGCAGAUUUUUUGUGGUCCUAUGUUGUCAUAGGGACCUAUCUUCUGUUUGUUUCUUUCUUCUUUUUUAUUUUGUAUUCAAAGGGCAGCUCGGCUCGAGACAAAUCAAAGGCUUCUUUGCAGAAAUGCAUGUUUGCCAAACACCAUUAUGCCCUUAUUUUUCUCCUGUUCAUCUUCUUCUUCUGCUAUGUGGGAGCAGAGGUCACCUACGGCUCUUACCUAUUUACUUACGCAAAGGUCUUUGCCGAGAUGAAAGAAAACGAAGCAGCCGCUUUGAAUUCUGUCUUCUGGGGCGCGUUUGCCGCUUGCAGAGGAGUGGCAAUAUUUUGUGCUGCUUGCUUGUACCCUGGCACCAUGAUCCUGCUGAGUAUCACAGGCUCUGCCAUCUCCUCUUUGUGCUUGGCCUUCUUUGCGAGGUACCCGGCCCUGCUGUGGGUGGGAACCGCCAUGUACGGAGCGUCCUUGGCCACCAUCUUUCCCAGCGGCAUUUCCUGGAUAGAACAGUACACGGUCGUGCAAGGAAAGUCGGCUUCUCUCUUUGUGAUCGGUGCCGCGCUGGGCGAGAUGUGCGUUCCUGCCGUGGUGGGGUAUCUUCAAGGAAGGUUCCACCACGUUCCCGUGGUUAUGUACACCGCCUUGGUGACUUCUGCCAUGACAGUUCUGCUCUUCCCUCUGAUGUACAAAUUGGCCAACUCGGCCGGUGAGAGCGACCUGAAAGAAAUGGGUGAGAGCGAGGACCGGAAAGCUUUGUUGUCAAACUCGGGGCUUCAUGAGGAUGAAGAGGACGAGGAGGAUGCGGAAGACUGGAAUGAAGCAGACUUUGAGGUAAUAGAAAUGAACGACACGCUGAGAAACUCUGUGAUAGAGACCUCCCGUAAGAUACCUGGGGGCUCUCCUGCCAAGGGCUCUCUUCAGCCCCGGCUGGACGAUGUAUCGCGCGAUUCUGCAGUGGUUGCUGGUGGGUCCCCUGGGAGAAAAAAUGUGAAUGUUGACCGGGAGAAGAAUGAUUGAAGUAAAAAGCUGACUUUUUUUUUAAAAAAAAGGGAAAUGCAAUUGACUUGUGGAAGUAGUUUGAGAAUGCCUUUAUAGUGGUGCAGAGCUCAGCGUGUCUAUUUCUGUGUUUGUCCGGCCUUUCUCCUCUUCCAUAUGCAGGCUGCAGCGAUCUCUCUCUCGGAGUGGGAGAGUCCACUGCGGUGUGACUGGGGUAACGUGAGAAAAUGUAUAAACUAUACCAAAAAAUGUUAAAACAUAAGAGAUGUUUUAUAAAUGUGAGGCAUGCUUUGAAGUGAUACGUACUGUAAUAAGAACCAACUGGGGAAGAAGGGGACUGCUCAGCCCGCUCAGUUUUUUGGGGGUGGGCAGAGGGUGCAGUUCCGAGGCGCUCGGUCACAGAAUGUUUCCAUUGAGAGAGGAGAGAAAUCUGUUAUCAGUGAUGCUGAGCUGCUUAUCUCGUGAAAGAAGAAUGUUUCCACUGCACUGGAAGUUUGCGUGUGACAGAAACCAGAUGAUCAAGUCAAAUUUCACGUGAUGCCCAGUGGCUGUGGAUCAGAUAGCCUGGUGGCAAGCUAUACAAUUUUCUGGUUCUGUCACUAAGACAAGAAAAAAAAAAUUAAACUUUUAGGAGUGGAACCACAGCUUUGGGCGAUUUAAGAGUGGUGUAUGGGAAGGGGGACAAAAUGGGUCAUGUUAAUCUGCUCUAAUGCUUGACUCUGAUCUACUAGUUAAACAGUGGUGGCAAAACUAAAUAGUCUGAAGUACUUGUGAUUGUACUCGUGAGUUUGAUUGUUGCACUACCGCGGAAAUCAAGAAAUGUAUGAAGAAGAUGAUAAAAUGAUAUGUAAACAGAUUACUUAAUCUAUGGUAUUGACGUAGGGCUGGGGUAUUUUUAAGCCAGUCAUUUAAAUUAAGGUUGUAGCAACUUUUCUGGCUUCCUGUGCCAAGACUCGAACACGGCGAUGUGUUAAAAUGAAAACUGGAGCACGAGAGGGACUUUCGGAUGCGCCUGCCCUUUCAGGCUGUGCUGUGCGCUCACUUGCCCCGUGCCCGUUGGGUUGGUGCCAUUUGGGCUCUGUUUCUUUGGGCGAUGACUUCCAGGCAGGCUCUUCCUAGCAGAGCAGCAGUGGUUUGUGUUUGUAGGUUCAUUGCUAAGCACGAAGACCCUGGAGGGAGCAGUUGUGCCAGUGAGCCCUCCCCAGUAAGAGCAAAAAAAAGGAGCAGCAGCUAAUGGCAGAAAUCUGACUCUGAGACAGAAGUCUUGCAGUUUGUCUACUUGAAACUCCAAAUUCAUAGGUUAAGUGGGUUUUUUUUUUUUAUGGCUGUGUGAUCAGAAUGUGCUCGUGUUUGGGUUCUCUCUUUUUUUUUUACUUUGCACUGAGUAUUUUUCUUCCUAAGACGUUUAAUUUACUAACAAAGGAGCUCUAGCUGUAGCAUAGCACAGACCCUUAGAUGUACAAUGUAUUUCAGGUCUAUUUUUGUUCCCUCUCUCGUCCUCUGCGUGUGCAACCUACAACCAUGUGGCUUUUUCUUCUGAGACGUUAGUAAGAAGCAGGAACCAACUUGUAGUGAAAAUGCAUAAUUUUUUUGCACCUUGCAUGGUGGAGGGCCUCCCUCUGCUGGCAGCACUUAAAUGCUGUUGUGUUUUUGCCUGCUUCCUUUUUCUUCCCUUGUGUGCACGCACCCUUCUGUGGCAUCUUUUCCAGUGCAAUGCAUGAACCUGCCCUUUAAAAUAUGGCCUUGUUUCACUUGCUACACAAGGGAUGCUCAUCUUUGCUUAAAGUAAGGGCAAAUGCUUUUAAAUGCCAGGCCAUGUUCUAGGUACAUGUGACAGCAUUUGUUCAACAGGAGUAAGUCUGUAAAGCAGUGUGUUUAGUGUUGUAUGGUAACAGUGGAGGUGGUGGCUUAAAUGAAUGCAGCUGAAGCCUGCGUUACUGCAACUUGCCUUUUCCUCCUGCAUGCUGCAGUAACGGCUUUGGGUGUGCAGAAAUUUGGGGGUGUCAGCUGCCACUAAGGAGAAAUCCCACUGGUGGGUGGGGAGAGAGGAAUGAUAACUGCUGCUGCUCAGCUUUUGGGGAAGUCCCUGCCCCACCCCAGGAGGUCACAGGGUUCCUUUGGCAGAAACUGGGUUUGGUGCAGGAGAAAUGACAAAAGAUUUGGAAAUGGUUCUGUGGCAGCCCUGGCCGCAACUGCAGCCCAUCGGCUUUACCUUGCAUCAACAGCGAUUUAAACGUUUCCCUGUACCUGAGGUCAUGCUGCCACAAGAAAAUUAGUUUAAGAAACACACCUGGCAACAGGAAGAUUUUAAACAAUCCCCAAGUUAUAUGCCAAUUUUUGGAAUGAAAUUCCAAAUUGGAAUGUCCUGCACACAAGAUUGUUCUCAGGGAUAGUUUACACAUCUUGCAUAAUCAAGUACUAAAAAACCCAGAAAAUGAAAUGAAAGCCACAUCGGGAAAUGUGCUGUAACUGCUUUGAGCCUUAGCUACUUAUUGCUCAUAUAUACACAGUUAGUUGUGUUUCUGACCACUGUCUUCUCAACAAAUGUAAAAAUACUGUGCUUUUUUUAACUGGCUGUAUUAAUUCCUGCAUGAGUUCCUUGAAUUCAUCCCCCUUUUUCCCCUUAGAGCAGGGGCCCCGAGUUGUAGGAAUGCAGCAACAGCCUGGACUGCCACAGUAAGAGCAGCCUUUUACAGGAGGUGGAGAAUGCAAAAAGCAGCGGCAGGACAACAGAGCAGGACUCCCACAGUUACCUUGAGCAGUACCAUGGCAAACCACGGCCGACUGAUACGUAGAGGCCUCCGCCUGGCCAACGUCUAACUUUUGAGUCAUCCUAGUGAGCACAUAGAGCCUUCAGUGGUGUAGCUCUGGCCUCAAACUUGAAAUGAAAUAGGCUUCCAGAACUUGUUCUCCUUAUCUCCCAACUGCAUGCUUCUAAUAGCAGUGGCUGCCCUUGAAUAAAAAUGAAACGUUUAAAGCAAUUUAAGGUUAAAGCAGAUCUAGGACAUUUCCACAAUGAAUCCAGCUCACGGCAGUUUCAGACUUCUUGGUGUUCAAGGCUGUAGCUUUCCUAGUUGUUGGAUUUUGCUGUUCUGCUAGGCUUGGUUUUUUAGACAAUGAAUGUUAAGUUUUUACGUGUUUAAAUUUCCUUCCAAAGUAAAUUGCUUCCUGGCAUACACAGUUAAAAGUGAGGAUCUAUUUAUAGUGCCUUUUAAGUUACAGGUCCUCCAGAAAGCUUCAACACUUACAUGUUAUGGGUUGGAACUACUUGGAGUAAGCUGUAUUGCUUUACCAUUGCCUUGCUUAUGCUAGAAAAGUCAUUGCUGUAUGGAGGACAAGGCCUGUGGUCCAUGGAUUAGAUAUCUGAAUUUAUUAAUAAUCAUAUUUUUGUCUGUAAAGCCAGGACUGAGGUGAAGAUGAGCACUUACCCAUUUACUCCAGGGUUAAAGGCAACCUCUUGCACUUAAGCAUCAUUUAAAUAUAUUUAUUUGCCCAAUGCUGGAUGGUGCCACAAGCACCAACACCUUAGUCCUGGCCUUUGCACCUUUAUUCUGUCAGUGACCAAUGCUGGAACGCAAGAGUAGGUGAAGGUUGGUGCCUUGACCUUUUUUUUUUCUUAGUUACUUUGCAUAAAAGCGCAUCACAAUCUGAGGAUGUUCUAUUAUAGAUUUAGUAAGUUUUUAUUCUGCUUGGUGUGGGUUUACAUUGUACUGUAUAAUGUGAAAUUUAAUUGACUUGUAUCUUGAAUGUAAUAAAUCCUGAACUGGAAAAGGCACUCAGGUUCCUUGAUGUAAAUAAAAUUUUGUUCUAUUUUUCAAAGCUA